AUGGCAACGCCCGCCACGUCUACGCCCCUCCUUUUUCCCAACGCCCGUUCCCCCUGCCAUGACACUACACAAGCGGCCCCCCCAAGCCAUCACGCCACCGCCAUUCCGGAUCCGGGUACAGCCCGCUUCUUCAUCCGGUUUUCUGAAUUGGUUGAUUUACAUCCCCCUCGAACCGCAGUAAACUCAAUCUACCAAGCUACAAUCACUGCACUGCCCACUCCACGUCACCCAGCUCAGUCCCAGCACAGAUUGGUUGAACAGCAAACUGGAAUUUCACAAGAGUCAGUUCGGAUCCUCACCAGAUUUCCUGCAUAG